UUGAAAGCAGUUGUGUUCCAAGUAUCUACAAUUGGUAACAACUCACUACAAUGCUGAUGUACUGGAAGCUAAUUGCACUUGCCGUGCUUCUCGGAAUCGGAAUCAUCAUCCACAUGGUCGGAAUUUUCAGCCCAUGGUGGACUUAUAGAAAAAAAUUGGUGCGUGUCGCAGGCGACGAUGACGAAUACGACCACUGGGGAGUUACUACAUUUGGAGCCUUGCCGGUCAGUGGCCAGUUCGCAGCAAUUCUGUUGGAUGUGUCAUUGAUCGCUUACCUGGCAGUUCUUGGAGUUCUUGGUUUCAUUUGGUGGCAAGUUAGCAACAAUGGCUACACCCAGUUCAUUCGUAAAAUGUUUUUCGGUUUUCUGGGAUGCUCGGGAACAAUUAUCGGGACUACUAUUCUUGCAACAAUUUCUUUUGCGAUUGCAAAAGAUUCUAAUAUGUCUAUGGGAUCCUCGAUGUGGUUUUGCCUGGUGGGUGGAGUGUUCUUCAAUGGUGCAGCUUGUGGACUCGCCGCAUACGUCACGUUCUGCGAAACUUUCACAUAGAAUUAUGAAUCUUACUAUUGAAUUGAAUUGAGUAAUGAAUAAAUAUUCAAUGG